AUUUAAAACACUUUCCAAAUCCGUCUACAUUUAGCACUGCGGUUUACCAAGAAUUCCGGCGCUGCCAUAAUUUAUCUUAGCGUCCAUAAUAAGACGUAAACAUCACCUCCUUGCAAUAUGUCACACAUAACAAAGGCUGUGGUAACGGUGCGCAUCAUUUGUCUGCUGGAGCUCUAUUAUUUAUGAUCUGCCGAAGAAGCAGGACAAAAACGGGGCUGAUGUUAAAUAUUUGCUUGAGACAAGAGGGAGCGAUAAUUCGAGGCUAUUAUGACGUCAUUUCACGCCCUUUGUGAGGUCGUCACGCCGUGUCAUCUGCUCCUCGAGACGCCUGCCUGCACUAUCUCUCGAUUAAAUCUAUUGUGUCAUUUUUUCAGUGGAAACAAGUCGGAUGCGCCACCGACGAUGAUUUCGCUCCGUUCGCCUGUUGGCCCGGCUUCGCAGUAAAGCACUCGUGGAGCGAGCCUAUUGUCUCGAGGCCCUUUUACGAGCUCGGUUUUGUGACGCUGUUAUUGUUUGCGGUUGAUAAACAUCUCGCCACUAGGUAGGUAGGGAUCAUCGUCACUUUUACCGGUAGUUUGUUUUAAUAGACGUCUAUUGGAUUUGUUUGUCAAUUAUUUGCUUUGAAGACCCUUAAAUGAGAAUGAAAACGUCUCGUGUUUUUUUAGCAUAAUGGAGCUCAUGAAUAAGGAUUUGUUUAUGCAGACGAAAGAUUUAUUGUUGGGUUCAGUAACAACAUUUAGACAGGAUCCGAAACUAGUUGCAGCUAUAGAUAAAUUGUUUAACAGUAAAAAAAUAUCUGCGAUUGAUCAGAAAGAUGGUGGAUUGCUGUUACCUGAGAAGAAAUAUAAAUUUAGCGAGGUGCAACAAUUGUUGUCUCAGUCAACAAAUGACACAGUUCGUGUUAAGAAGCCACUAAAUAUAAAGGUUGAUGAAACUAAUCGAACUAAAAAAGCGAUAAUAAAGAAAAUAGAGGACAUUCUAGAAGAGAUUAAUAAAACAGCUGAGAGUGGAGAAACUCCAAAGCUUGUCAUCAGAAACCAACGGUUGUGGGGAAACUGCAUUUAUGAACUAGAUCGCGUUACAUUGAAAACUUUUGCUGAAGCCAAAAAGACGACGCUGCUCUAUUCAAGCACUGAAGAUAAAAACAGAUUUAAUAGAAUAGUUUUUGUGCUUACGAAAGUUCACGAAUUACUUUCCAAAAAUCUUAUAGUAACUAGAAGGGAACUAUUUUACCAAAACGUAUGUAGACUGCGUAACCAAGCCAACCUGGACGUGGCAGUCCGAGACGUGUGCUGCCUUCUCGAGUGUCCGCCAUGGGAUCUGGGCAUUGUGGCUACUUCCAAAGGACUCAUCGCCGGGCCGCUGACGAUACAUACCAGGGAUGGAAGUGUGGUCGAAUGUAUGGGUUCUAAUGGAACCCUAAUCAUGCAAGACAUCAAUGGAAUAAAGAAAUUUACGUCAUCAGCGAAAUACAUACUGGUGGUAGAGAAGGAUGCAGUGUUUCAAAAGUUGUUAGAUGAAGGUGCCUUAGUUCGAUUGGGGCCUGUUAUUAUCAUGACAGGCAAAGGUUACCCGGACGUCUGCACUCGGCAGCUCCUGUGCCGCUUAUGCUCAGAGCUGAGGCUGCCGGCGUUGGCUCUGGUGGACGCAGACCCUCACGGCUUUGAGAUUUUCCUUACCUAUAAAUAUGGUUCCCUGGCUCAAUCUCACCUGUCGUCUUCUCUGGCCUGCAGUUCAUUGUCGCUGCUCGGGGCUCGCCAUCAGGAUGCCAUGACUCUGGCUUCGAAGGAAGCCCGGCUUGACCUUUCCGAACUUGACAAACGCAAAUUAGCUUCGUUGUUGAAAAGACCUUACCUGGAUACUCCUUCUGGGUCUCUAAUAAAAAAUGAGCUAAACGCAAUGCUAUCAAGUGGUGUAAAGACAGAAAUAGAAGCCCUGGCACCCACAUCUGCUGCACUUUGUGAUGCAUAUUUACCAUCGAAGAUAAUUCAAGCUGAAUACUUAGGAUAGUUUGGAUAAAC